AUGACGACAGUGCAUCUAACACAGCGCACAAAGGCUGCGCUGAAGAACCCGAACGUCUCUGAGGAGGCGAAGGAACACUCGCGCCAGGCAGUUGAAGACCUCGAGCAGCAGCCCGAGACUCAGCAGACUCGCCAGGGUUACAGCGACGACAAGGACGAGACCCGCGUCAACGCGGGCUUUAAGGCGACGCUCAAGAACCCUAACGUUAGCGAGGAGGCAAAGGAACACGCACGCGAUGUCCUCGAGGACAAAGGCGCGAUCUAA